AUGUCCGCCACUUGUACUUGUUGCCAAGCGCCUCUUGGUCGGUCUUUGGUUGGUUCUGUGUUUUGGUUGAUGACAAGUCCCAAUGAUUAUCCCUGUGAGAAUCCCAACAAGACUUGUUCUGCACGCUUGUGUUCUGCUUGCCACGGGAAACGUCCUCUCAUGAUGCUACCCAAUGAUGAUACUACUGAUGAUACUACGACGGACACUAAGAAACACCAAGAUCUUUCCAAGGCAUCCUUGAAAUGUCUGUGUCAACCUUGCUUUGAAGAAACGUCCACGUUGGAUUUCAGCAAGACCUAUGACAUUGUUCAGGGCGGUAGCAAUGCUGUCUUUGUCUUUUGCCAUGGCGGUGGAGCCUCGCGUCAGUUGUACCAUUAUCAUGCGCUCGAACUGAAGGAACAGUUUGGCCACUCGUCCAUCUUGUUGGAUCUGCCCGGUCACGGCACACUGGUCGAUCAAGAAUUAACGUUGGACUCGGCUACCCAAACGGUACAGUCCGUCCUCAACGAGUGUCAGGCUGUCACCAAGGACAAAAUGAUUAUUUACGUUGGUACUUCUCUGGGUGGAUACAUUGGUUUUUACAUUCUGAAGCAACUCAACGGGACGUUUCAUGGAGCCGUACAAAUCGAUGUUGGGCAAAAUGUUGGACCCGAUGCCAGUUUCAAAGCCAAGGCUGGAUUGGUCAUGCUCGAUUACAUGUCCAAAAAGAUGUCCAAUGCCACCUUGAUGAAGCUCAUGGCAGGAGAAAUGAAGAAAUCAACCGCCACGGAAUUUCACUACAUUCUCGCAUCCACCUUUGGAGCUGGCAUGUUCUUUGACCAGGGUCAUGCCCAAGUCGAGUGUCUCCGCACGGUUGCUCCUGCUGACAUGUUGGCAUCGAUUACGAUUCCCAUUGUCUACAUGAAUGGGAGUGCCGAUUAUCGAGACUCGGAAGACAAGUGGCUCCAAUUGACCAAAGUUCAAGAAGGAAAAUCCGAGCUCAAAGUCUAUGAGGGAGGCGAUCAUUUCUUUAGUCAUGACGCCCGCUUCCUCUCCGAUGUGCUCUCUCGAAUGGAUGCGUUUGCAAAAAAGUUGUAG